AUGGAGUCGUCCCAGAUCCCAGACUUCCUCGCCGAGCAGCAAGCAAAUGGCACCCCGGAGGCGCAAACCUACUUUCUCAAAUUCGAAGACUUUUGGGAGCGCAAGUUAUGGCAUCAGCUCACCGACGCAUUGGUGGAGUUUUUCAAGCUACCGGAGAGCGCUCCUCAGCGAUUAGCCAUCUUCAAGAACUUUGUGCUCAGCUUCGCCGACCGGAUCAACCAGCUCAAAUUCGUGUCCUUGGGCUUGAUGGCAUCUACAGAGUGUGCAGCUAAUUAUCUCAUGCCGCCGACAGAUGACAAAGAGCGACUAGCCUUCCUCACAUCCCUCGCCGCCAAGGUGGAUAAACCCGAUUCACAAGAUGCCUAUGUCUACGCGCUAGCCGAUGUGGCAAAUGUCAAGCUGCGGCUGCCGGAUUUUGAUGGGGCACAGAAGGACCUGGCAUCCUGCCAGCGAGUACUGGACUCGUUUGAUUCGGUUGAGACCGUUGUGCAUGCAUCUUUCUACAAAGUGAAUGCCGACUACUAUCAUGCUCAACAAGAAUUCGCCUCCUUCUACAAAAAUGCCCCUCUUUACCUCGCAUGUAUCAACCUCGAAGACCUGUCAGAGACAGAACGCCUCUCGCGGGCCUACAACCUGAGCAUUGCGGCUCUUGUCUCCGACUCGAUCUAUAACUUUGGCGAGCUCCUAUUGCACCCCAUCCUGGAUACGUUGACCCCGACCCCACACAACUGGCUGCGUGAGCUACUCUUCGCCUUCAACCGUGGUGACUUGGCGGCAUACGAUGUCCUUGCGGGUAAUAUCUCCAAGAACAAGAUGCUAGCGUCCCACCGGAUGUUCUUGUACCAAAAGAUCUCCCUCUCGGCGCUGACGGAGAUGGUGUUUCGCCGCCCACCACACGACCGUUCUCUCGCCUUUGCCGCCAUUUCCUCCGAAACCAAGGUGCAGCCUAACGAGAUCGAGCAUUUGGUCAUGAAGGCCCUGUCGCUCGGCUUGUUGCGGGGAUCCAUUGACCAGGUGGCUCAGGUGGCUCAGAUUCACUGGGUACAGCCCAAGGUUCUGGAUAUGAAGCAGAUUGAGGGCAUGCGCAACCGGCUGAAAGACUGGGAUGCCGGUGUGAAUCAAUUGGGUCACUGGAUUGAGGGCGUUGGAAAGGAUGUCUGGGCUGCAUGA